CAAAAAAAUGACGUAUAUUGAAAUGGGCUUCAAUGCGAAUGUCAAUGUCAGUGUCAGUGUCGAAGAGGUGUCACAUAUUUCCCGUCGCUCCCCUCCCACCCCUCCCUCUCACCCUUUCUCUCUGAAAAACCCUCAACCAUGGCGGCCGGGGUCCUAUACACUUAUCCGGAAAACUUCCGUGCCUACAAGGCGCUAAUCGCCGCAAAGUACUCCGGGGCCGACGUGAAAGUAGCGGCCAACUUCGUCUUCGGCGAAACCAAUAAGAGCGAGGAGUUCCUGAAGAAGUUCCCGGCCGGAAAAGUGCCGGCUUACGAAAGUGCUGACGGCAAGAUCCAUCUGACGGAGAGCAACGCUAUAGCUUACUAUGUGGCCAACGCAGCCCUCCGUGGAUUGGACGUGGCGACCCAGGCAGCCAUCUACCAGUGGGCGUCGUGGGCGGACAGCGAGCUGCUGCCCGCCUCGUGCGCCUGGGUGUUCCCCUACCUCGGCAUCAUGCAGUUCAACAAAGUGAAUGUGGAGCGCGCCAAGACUGACCUGCUGGCGGCGCUGAAGGUGCUGGACGGACACCUGCUGACGCGCACCUUCCUCGUCACGGAGCGCAUCACGCUGGCAGACAUCAUCGUCUUCACCACUCUGCUGCAUGCCUUCCAGAAUGUGCUGGAGCCAGAAGUACGCUCAACACUGGUGAACGUGCAGCGCUGGUUCCUCACGCUGGCCAACCAGCCGCAGGUGUCGGCUGUCGUGGGAGCCGUGACCCUGUGCCAGGCGCCUCCCGUCUUCGACCCCAAGAAGUACCAGGAGCUCACACAGCACAAGAAGGAGGGCGGCAAGAAAGACAAGAAGCCAGAAAAGAAAGAACAGCCUAAGAGAGAGAAGAAAGAGAAGGAGGAGCCCGAGCUAGAAGAUGAUUUUGAGGAAAAACCUAAAGAAUCCAAGGACCCUUUCGAUAGCAUGCCUAAAGGUACAUUCAACAUGGAUGACUUCAAGAGAUGCUACUCCAACGAGGACGAGGCGGUGUCUGUGCCCUACUUCUGGGAGAAGUUCGACCCCGAGAACUACUCCAUCUGGUUUGCGGAGUACAAGUACCCUCAGGAGCUGUCCAAGGUGUUCAUGAGCUGCAACCUCAUCACUGGCAUGUUCCAGCGGCUCGACAAGAUGCGCAAGCAGGCGUUCGCGUCCGUCUGCCUGUUCGGCGCCGACGACGACUCCACCAUCUCCGGCGUGUGGGUGUGGCGCGGCCAGGACCUCGCCUUCCCUCUGUCGCCCGACUGGCAGAUCGACUACGAGUCAUACACGUGGAAGAAGCUCGACCCCAAGAGUGAAGCGACCAAGCAACUAGUCAAAGACUACUUCUCGUGGAGCGGCGCCGACGCGCAGGGCCGCCCCUUCAACCAGGGCAAGAUCUUCAAGUAGACCCUACAUCUGCGCGCGAGCGGGACCUUCACAUGGGAAAAACCACCAAGCGAAAUAGCAUACAAUCAAUAGUUUAAUUUAAUCGCGCUUUAUCUUUCAAAUCAAGCUCUGUUAACCAGUUCAAGAAUAGAUUGAACAAAUAUUUGGAAAACUCGAAGCACUUCUGCUGAUAUAGACGCAUCAGCGAACGCUGCUUACUCUAUAAUCGAUCUCAUACGCGCAUGGGCAUCGAUUCGAGCUAAAGAGCGUGCGAGCGGAAUACACUCGCAUCGUGUGUUAUAAGUAGUAGUCGUUCAAAAAUAAUUAAUUAAUCUAGCAAGCGUAGUGCGAAAAUUAAAAUCGCCUGUGAAAUUGCUGUGAAGAAAAAUUCAUUUCACUCAAUGAAAAUGAUUUUAAACUAGCAAUCAUGUCCGUCGCUAAUCACAAUUUUAUCGGUCGAUAGAGUUCAAGCAUCGAAACGCUUCAACGUUUGAGUGAAAUGAAUCGUAACCGCCUUGUUUUAAAGCUCAAGUUCGUCCUGCGCCUGCCUCGUCGGCGCCACUGACGCCAGUGUGUAGCAAUGUUAGCCAACCGGUAUAUCAGUACAUCGAUUUGAAACAACACUACACUACCACUUGUAUAAGCUACGCCGAUGUACCUGCGCAGAAAUGUUAUGUUUGAAUGGUGCGAAAACAUCUCGGCCGAUGUUAGCGCCCGUCCGUCCGCUAUUGGUCGUGUACGCGCCAUGCAGUAAGUUACCGUACACGAAACUGAAUUUUUGACUUUAAGUCGAGGAGCUUUAGGUAAAUUUUACUGUGACGAUAUUAUUGUCUUUUUGGAAUUUUAUAAAAAGUAAAAUUCAGUAUAACAUAGUUUACUGAAUUUUGGGCUUUAAAUGGUUAUAAGACGCAAUUUGAAUGGUACGCAAUGGGGAUGGUGGUCUCGCUGGUGUAGCAAGUCAAUGUACGAAACGCAUGAUAUGAGCGAAUUUGUAAUUUAUUUGAGUGAAAACAACGCGUCCGUCGAGUCUCAGUCAAUCGUGUUACUCAUUCAAUGUUAUAUUGUAAUAAAAUGUAUGUAAUAUAAACUCGCAUUUAUUAUCUGGUACCAGCUGUUUGUACGAAAACUGUAUAACAAAUAAAAUUGAUUUUUAUUUAUAAA